UACCGCUGACAGUCAGUGUGUCUUUAGUCGCGGAUCGCGUAGCAUGUGAAAAUGUUAACUUUUCUUCGACAUAUACUGCACAGUGCAUUCGUCGGUUGUGCGUUUUCCUUAGCUCUACCCUUCGAGGGACUGUACCGAUUGGACAUAAUACAUUAUAACGAUUUCCAUGCGAGAUUCGAGGAGACGUCCGUAGAGACGCCGACAUGUAGGUUCAACAACAACUCCUGCUUAGGCGGGUUUCCGCGCCUGUACGCGGAGAUCAUGAGCCUCACGCGGCAGAAGCCCAACUUCAUCCUGCUCAACGCCGGCGACAGUUUUCAGGGGACGUACUGGUACUCCCUGCUCAAGUGGAACGUCACCCAGGAGUUUAUGAACCUACUGCCGCAUGAUGCUCAUGCAAUAGGCAACCACGAGUUCGACGAUGGUCCGGAGGGUCUGGCGCCGUACUUGUCCGCGCUGACGGCUCCCGUCAUCGCGGCUAACAUGGACUCUUCGAAGGAACCCGUCCUACAGGGCCUGUACAAGAACCACGUGAUCAUCGAGAGAAUGGGACGGAAGAUUGGGUUAAUAGGUCUCAUCACUCCGGACACAAAGAUACUGUCGUCUGCGGGCAAGGUGGAGUUCACGGACCCGCGCGCGGCGAUGCGGCGCGAGGCCAAGAUACUGCACGAGAAGGGAGUCGACAUCAUCGUCGUGCUGUCGCAUUGUGGACUCGAAGUUGAUAAAGAGCUGGCGCGGGAGUACGGUGAGCAUGUUGACAUCAUCGUGGGCGGACAUUCCCAUUCUUUAUUAUGGGACGGUCCCGCCCCCAGCGGCGAGGAAGUGGCGGGGCCUUACCCGGUGUUUAUCGAACCGAACAAAAAUAGGAAACACGAGGUUCUAAUAGUACAAGCUUCAGCCUUCACUAAAUACAUGGGCAACCUGUCAGUUUACUUCGACAUUCGGGGGGAGUACAUCAAGUGGAAUGGCGGACCGAUAUUCCUGAACAGGUCUAUCCCUGAAGAUCCAGAAAUAAAGGAAAGGCUAGCUCCAUACGCGAAGCUGGUGCAUGAUGCUGAGUCUGAGGUGAUAGGGGAGACCAAAGUGUUGAUGCAGCUAGACGACUGCGUGAGCGGCGAGUGUAUUCUGGGUGAUCUACUGGUUGAUAACUUGGCUAAUAAUGCAAACCGUCUGAAAUCUGUCGACAAUUACAUAGCGUUCACACAGAGAGGAAGUAUCAAAUCAUCAGUGCCUGUUGGAGACAUCACCAUGGGAACGAUAUUCGAACUGAUUCCAUACAACGACCGGAUCGAAGCUUUCGAGCUAAAGGGUGCUGACAUCGUAAAGGCGCUGGAGAGAGGAUUCUCAGACGCCUGGAGCCUCAACCCUUUCAAAGGACCAUACGUUUUACAAGUUUCAGGUAUAAAGGUGUCAUAUGACCUCGCCAAGGCGGAGGGCAGUCGUGUGACGUCGGUGACAGUGGGCAGCAACAACGCGCCGCUAGAGACCGACAAGUACUACCCCGUUACUGCCCCAGCGUAUUUGGCUGAUGGAGGAGAUGGUUUCACGAUGUUUAAAGACGGCAAACGAAAUGUCGAAUUUAUAGGCCGGGAGCAGAAAAUUCUAGAAGCCUUCAUAAGAAAAAAUUCGCCAUUAGACAUUCAUACCGACGGAAGAAUUACUAUUAAACAAUAAAUGUGAUUAAGGAUU